CUAACAGUGCCAGUCAGUGUCACCUAUCAGUGCCGCCUAUCAGUGCCAUCAGUGCCUCCUCAUCAGUGCCCAUCAGUGUCACCUAUCAGUGUCCAUCAGUGCAGCCUAUCAGUACCCAUCGCUGUAGCCUCAUUAGUGCACAUCAGUGAAGGAGAAAAAUCACUUAUUUACAAAAUUUUAUAACAAAAACUAAGAAAAAAUUUUUUUUUUUUU